AUGGUGUAUUCUCCUGCAAAAAAAUCUUUGUUUUGUUUCUGCUGCAGACUUUUUGCCCUGGACGAGAAAGACUCGAACUUAUCCAAAUUCAUCACAGGCUUUAACUCUUGGUGGAAACUAAACCCCAAAGUGGCCGACCACGAAGGAUCUGGAUUCCAUCUUACAAAUCUGGAAAAGUGGAAAACUUUGGCAGCCGGCCUUUUACAAAACAAAACUGUCGACUUUGCUGAGCAAGUAGUUAUGGAAGGAGAGAGGAAAAAAUGGAGAGACAUUUUAUAUCGAUUGCUAGAUGUCACUCUCUUUUUGGCCAAGCAAAACUUGCCAUUUCGUGGGCAUAACGAGCAAAUCGAGUCAGAAAACCGGGGAAAUUUUCUGGAACUGGUCAACCUGCUAUCUAACUACGAUCCUGUUUUGAAAGAACACAACAUUCGGUUACAGCAAUCUUUAAAAGAAGGAAAAAUUUCGGUAUCAUAUUUAUCACCAAAAGUGCAAAACGAGUUUAUUUCCAUCUUGGGAAACAGUAUAAAAGCUGAGAUAGUAGCAGAAGUUAAAAAAGCCAAUUACUUUGGAAUACUAUUAGACAGCACACCAGACAUAUCUCAUACUGAGCAGUUGAGUGAAGUAAUAAGAUACGUCCAUAUAGAAAACAGAAAAGUCGAAAUUAAAGAAUCUUUUUUGGGUUUCAUUCCCCUUUAUGGAAAAAAGGCUAGUGACAUAGUGGAAACCAUCAUACAAGCCCUUGAAAAGGAUGGUCUUGACUUGACACUUUGCCGAAGUCAAGGCUACGACAACGCUGCCAAUAUGUCAGGAAUUCAUUCAGGAGUGCAAGCCAAAAUAAGAGAAAUUAAUACAAAAGCCCUUUUUGUUCCGUGCGCCAACCACUCACUAAAUUUGUGUGGAGUACACGCUUUUGCGACUGUUCCUUUGUGUAUUACAUUUUUUGGAACGAUGGAAAGCAUAUAUAGAGUUUUCUCAACUUCAACGCAUAGAUGGGAUGUAUUAUUAGAAACUGUAGGACUAACAGUAAAAAGAUUAAGCGAUACGAGGUGGAGUUCCCAUUUCGAUGCCGUGAAACCUGUGUUUCAACGUUUCGAAAAUUUUGUUGAAGCUCUUGAAAAAUUAUGCGACAGGUCAGAAAAUCUUGAUACACGAGGAGCAGCAGAGGUGCUAAUUACAAACAUUUGUAAUUUUAAUUUCCUUUGCUUCCUGCACUUGUGGUAUCACGUUUUAAGUGAAGUGAAUCAAGUCCAGAAAUACUUACAAAUAGAAGGUAUCACGUUGGAAAAGUCUAUUACAAAAUUAAAAAGUUUGAAAACAUUUUUUAAAGAAGCUCGUAUAGAACUCGCCUCUAAUGCAUUACAGUUUGCGACUUCAACUUGUGUUGAAUUAAACAUAGACAUAGAAAGUAGAGGACGAAAGCGGUUUAAGAAAAUAAUGCCAGGUGAAGAGAGCAAAGAUGCUGGCUUGACACCACAGCAGGAAGUGCAGCGUGCUAUGCUUGAAUGCAUAGACAAGCUGUACGUCGAAUUAGAGGAUCGGACAACUUCUAUGGAAAGGGUGUAUGAAAAGUUUGCUGUUAUUCAAUCCAUGCAUCUUUUAGAAUCAAGUGAUAAUCAGCUACUCCUUCUUUCAAAACAACUUACCGAAACGUUUGAUGAUGUUCAGCAGGAAGAAAUAGUUCCCGAAAUAAAGAGACUUCGAAGGCAUCUUCAAGCAUCUGGCAUUUUGAAAGAAGAUGCAACUUCAUGGUCAUCUUUGAAAAUGCUACAAUUCAUAGUUGAAAUGGAUUUUAACGAAUCGGUGCCAAACGUGUGUGUCGCUCUCAGGCUAUUUUUGACAGCAUGUGUCUCUGUUUCUUCUUGCGAGAGAAGUUUUUCCAAACUUAAAUUAAUCAAAAACUACCUUCGUUCAACUAUGAGCCAAUCUCGUUUAUCGAGUUUAGCAAUGAUAUCCAUUGAGAACUCUGUUGCAAAGAACAUAAAUUUUGAUGACAUCAUAAAACAAUUUGCAGAAGCAAAAGCACGAAAGAAACGAUUUUAA